GCCACUUUCCUUUCAACUCCAAUGAAAAGAGCAUAAUACGAGACAUUUAAUUAUAUGAAUGAUUUGUGAGGACUGUCCAUCCAAACUCUCAUGUUUUUGCAUCACUUGAUUUUUCUUUUUUUAACUUCUCACUGGAUUUUCUUGGAAGAUAAAGGCUAUUUAAAGGGAUAAUAUUCUUUUUUGAAGAUCUCCCAUGCUUGGAUUGGAUCUUGGGGUUGUACUGAGACUUUUUUUUUAAUUUAAGGUAUCUUUUAUUUAGUGGAUCAAAGGAGCUUAAGCAGAAACAACCGAAGAGUUUAUGUGUAACCAUCUGCCCAGCUGACCACAACUCCUCGUAACCAUGUUGGCCUGUCUUCAGAGAACCCAGAAUCCUCCAGUGAAGCACCUUUUAUGUGCAAACAAGGGACUAGAACCUCGAAAGUGUGAGGCAGCCACACCAAUGCAGACUACCCGGUACCCCAGUCCUGCUGAACUGGAUGCCUACGCACAGAAAGUAGCUCACAGCCCACUGACCAUCAAAAUCUUCCCUACAAACAUCAGGGUUCCCCAGCACAAGCAUCUAAAUCGGACUGUAAAUGGUUAUGAUACAACUGGUCAACGUUAUAGUCCUUACCCGAUGCAUACAGGUGGAUACCAAGGACUGCUUGCUGUUGUCAAAUCUUCUAGCAAGAGUGUACUGAAGAAUGUAGAGGGUAAACGGACUAAAAUAUCUACAACACAGGUUGGUGUUGCUCCUUACCCAAUGUCAAGCACUUUAACACAAAACCAACCUUGCAGUGGACAGCUGAGUUAUCUUGGAAGCCAGAAGCAACUAGAUGCACCAGUACCACCCAAUGUGACUGUGGCAGCAUCUGUCAUUCCGUUAACGGGCAGGAAUUUGGCACUUCAGCAAUCAAACCUGCCCUCCAUCCAGAGCAUCAUUUACCAGAUUAACCAACAGUGCCAGGCUCAAGCUUCUCAUCAGGCUUGCCAAGGGGUGGUGGUUACUAACUCCAGCCCCGCCAAGCAAGGUAUGACUAGUGGCUUUACGACCAUGACUGGGAGCACUGUGACCUAUGCUGGGACGGUCUUACAAGACUGUAGAGCAGGUAGUGAGCUAGCACUGGGGGCAGCCCCUGUGGUAUCAAAAGCUGGAUCUUAUCAGGAUGGCAUUGACUACCUAAUAUGGCAACAGAAGCAACAGCAGCUCCGAAUAUACAGUGGGGGAAGUGGAGGGGGAGGAGCAAUCAGCAAAUCACCCGAAGUGUGUGCAGGAGUGUCUCGUCCUUAUACUCUUGCUAGUGCAGUUGAAAAAGUCAGCUCCUCCCCUUUGAACUGUGUUGGCAUGCACGGAAAUUUCUCUGUGGGGCAGUAUUUUGCCCCUCCUUGGAACAGCAUCUUAGUCACGCCCAACAGUGACUGUUACAACCCCCAGGAACUUGCCAACGGGCACAGGGAUUUGGGAAUACACCCAUCAGACGGACUAACCAGCAUCCCCAGCAAGACCCUUUGCAAUACCUCUAUUCUUAGUAGUAGCCUUCAAUCCUUGGAGUAUCUUAUCAAUGACAUUCACCCACCCUGUAUCAAGGAGCAGAUGCUUGGAAAGGGUUAUGAGACCGUGUCUGUGCCACGGCUUCUAGAUCAUCAGCAUGCCCACAUACGUCUGCCCAUUUAUAGAUAAAAACAAAGUCCUGCCCUUUUCGAUAUUCAAGUGGCCAACACUGGUUUUUCAAUCUAUAUGAUGUUACGUAGCUCUGAGGAGACAUGCUAAAAAAGAGUUCAAAAGGCCCCAGGAUUCAGUGGCCAUCCUACACUUCUUUGUGGUCAGAGAGCACAGCCUUGUGAGGCCUUCUGGCCACAAAUGAGUUUUACUUUUGUGGUCCAAAAAGCAUAACUACUGCUGCCUGUAACCCUCAGUGCUUAGUCUGUUAACAUCUUUUUAAAACAUUUUCUGAGAAUUGGGAGAAAGUGGUAUGUCCUAAAUAAAAUCUUCAUCGUGGCAUAUACCAUCAAAUUCUAGAAUUGGUAUCUACACUGAAUGCAGGCUCAUUUCCCUUAAAUCUUAUUAAAUGUAUUGUUUUGUUUUAUUUCGCGUUUUCCAGUAAAGGAGACCGGACCAGUGAAACAGAAAAUGAAGGGUAGCCUUAAAGUAUCUAUUUAUUUAUAGUAAUAAAUGCGAGGUAUAUGAACUAUAAUUUUGAUUAACCCCUCUCUUGCCAAUGUAUUCUGCCAAAUUUUCUCUUUUCAGUUGGUCUAGGCAUUUUUGAGAGAAUUUGAGCUGAAUGUGAGCAUGUUGUUAUUAAAUAUGGAAUGGGAAAAGGCUGGACAAAGAUUUAUUUAACAAAAGUUAUUCUGUAGUCAUUAGUGUUAGGCAAGCGACAGGACUCAGCCCUGCAAACCACAUUGUCCUAUCCAUUUUUUUUUUUUCAGCCAGCUACAGAUGAUGGUAGCUGCGGUCUAAUAACUUGAAACCAGGACACCAUUCGAAACUGGUCUACAAAUCACAGAAGGGUUACAGUCAAGACUGGCCAGAUCUGGUCUACAAAAGGUUCAGAAGGGUUAUAGUCAAGACAGUCCAGAUCUGGUCUACAAAAGGUUCAGAAGGGUUACAGUCAAGACUGUCCAGAUCUGGUCUACAAAAGGUUUAGAAGGGUUACAGUCAAGACUUUCCUAAACCAGGUAUUAAAGGUCAGGAGCACACAUAAUUCUCAGCAUGGCAAUGCAAAAAUUCCCUUUAUGCUGUUUUUAGAACCUGAAACCCUAAUUUUAAAUUAAUGAUAUCACAAGCUGUUAUAGUUAUACAACAAAUAUGCAAACAUUUUAAUAAAUUUUAAAAAACAUCUACUUAUGUGCAUUUGUUGCAAAUUCACAGGCUUGUAGAUUGGCUGAGACACCUCUUGGUCUGAACAGAACCUAGUCAGUAAGCUUCCAUUAUUUCCAAUGGGAAUCAAGCAUUUACACUAAAUCCUGCCCAGUAGUGAUUCAUUAGAUAUAUAGUUUAGUACUUGACAGCAUUCUAUUCAUCAGGGGAUGGUGAAUGUAAAUGCUGUCUAAAUGGAUAGCAGCUGUACUGCAGCUCACUUCAGCUUACUGACAGCUCCAUUUAGAGUUUUGUGAUAGUCACUAUAAGAUGUGAUCUUGUGAAUAAGGCUCGGGCUCUUCUCCUUUCUUUUGCAAAUGGCUACCAUUAAUAGCAGUUGUUUGCUGGGAGACAGGGGCAGAGAACCGCCUUGCACCAAAACCUAAAUGUGCACAGGUUUUUUUAUGGUUCUUGGAGUGUCUCUUUAAAAUCAUGAUAGGAGUAUGACUUUCAAGACCUCAUUUAAGCAAUAUUGUGUACUUGCAUCAUAGAAUGCCAUAGACACUAGACAAGUCGCACUAUACAUUUCUUACACGUUGUUGCUCUUAGCCAGGCUUUAAUGUGUGAUAAAUGCAUAGAUGGAUGGACUAAAACUUGCAUAAUUCUCUACCAGUUUCAUGGUAGAUUAUGGAUUGUCAUUGUUGCCUUACUCAUACCUGACAAACACCAUUCCUCAAGGUAACAGAUGCAUUGGGGACAUUUAUAAAAGUCAUCCUAAGGGACAAGUAGUGCAAAAAUCAAAAGGUGGAGCAGCCCAAAGCGAAUGCAUUAGCCUCAGCAGGAACAUAUUGUUGGUUUUCUUGGGCAUUGAUCCACUUUAAAAACUAUGCACCACUUUUCCCGUAGCAACACUGAAAAAAUCUCCCCCACUGAGUUUAUGGUGAAGCACCUUGCGGUUCAACAGUAGUCAUUUUUCAAAAACAUAAAGUAACUUGCUCUUGCAAGGCAGGGCAGAACACCUAGAACCGAACGGUCACAUGUAGAUUUACACACAACUCGGUAGCUAACUAAAAGUUUUUAUUUUAGAAUUUACAUCAUCACGUAAAUUAAUAGUAUACCCAUAGUGCCAAUUGCGUGGGAAUAUGGGUGUACAUAAGCUUAUGGUAUAUAAGUAGUUGUGUGGUAUUUCUUUCAAAAUUCUUGGGGCAAUGAGGUCACUGUGGAGGUACGUGUGCUUUUUUUUUUAACUUACCUGUACAGCUGUACUCACCACAGUAAAUGCAUCCAUGAUAGUUUAGUAAUUCUGUGUAUAUAUUACACAGAAUGUCAUUAUAACUAUUCAAGGAUAUUGUUUGCAUUACCCACAGUGCAUUGCAGAUCUCACUGGCAACAAAGGGAGUUAAUUUUUUAAUUCAUUUUAAAUCUUAUCAUAAAAUGGAUUUCUUUUCUGUACAUUUCCACUAAAAUCUGGGCUUUAUUGUUAUCCCAGUUAAUAAACUGAAUAAUAACGAUGAUUAAACUUCAAAGAAUGUGAAUGGUAGUUUAAUGUUUUUAAAAAGAUGCUGCUAUUUUGGAGACAACAGAAUACAUCAAUUUCUCUUCUGUGCUGCAAAAUGUUAGUUAUAUAUAGUAUCAAAAUUGAAAUAUAUAAAUAGAUAUUACUAUGUCAUGCCAAUGUUGCUUUAUGUUAUUGAACUUUAUUUUAUUGUUGCUUUGCUGCCAAAGGCUCUGGCAGAGAAGGGGUUAAUUAAUUAAUUAAACAUUUAAGCUAA